AUGGUGGUGUGGGAUUGGAAGGCGUACCAAAAUGGUUGCGGCUUCUGGGGAGAGUGGUUGGCCCUCUGUGCACACUGUGAAGUCAGCCACCAGAUCAAUCACUCCUGGUAUAGUCACAGUGCGGGUGACAUAGAGGGGAAGGGGAGGAGGACAGAGGGCGCGCGCGCGGACCAGGGCGCGCGCGCGGACCAGGGCGCGCGCGCGGACCAGGGCGCGCGCGCGGACCAGGGCGCGCGCUCGGACCAGGGCGCGCCCGCAAACCAGGUCGCGCGCGCGGACCAAGGCGCGCGCUCGGACCAAGGCGCGUGCGCGGACCAAGGCGCGCGCGCGGACCAAGGCGCGCUCCCGGACCAAGGCGCGCUCCCGGACCAAGGCGCGCUCCCGGACCAAGGCGCGCUCCCGGACCAAGGCGCGCUCCCGGACCAAGGCGCGCUCCCGGACCAAGGCGCGCUCCCGGACCAAGGCGCGCUCCCGGACCAAGGCGCGCUCCCGGACCAAGGCGCGCUCCCGGACCAAGGCGCGCUCCCGGACCAAGGCGCGCUCCCGGACCAAGGCGCGCUCCCGGACCAAGGCGCGCUCCCGGACCAAGGCGCGCUCCCGGACCAAGGCGCGCUCCAAGGCGCGCUCCCGGACCAAGGCGCGCUCCCGGACCAAGGCGCGCUCCCGGACCAAGGCGCGCUCCCGGACCAAGGCGCGCUCCCGGACCAAGGCGCGCUCCCGGACCAAGGCGCGCUCCCGGACCAAGGCGCGCUCCCGGACCAAGGCGCGCUCCCGGACCAAGGCGCGCUCCCGGACCAAGGCGCGCUCCCGGACCAAGGCGCGCUCCCGGACCAAGGCGCGCUCCCGGACCAAGGCGCGCUCCCGGACCAAGGCGCGCUCCCGGACCAAGGCGCGCUCCCGGACCAAGGCGCGCUCCCGGACCAAGGCGCGCUCCCGGACCAAGGCGCGCUCCCGGACCAAGGCGCGCUCCCGGACCAAGGCGCGCUCCCGGACCAAGGCGCGCUCCCGGACCAAGGCGCGCUCCCGGACCAAGGCGCGCUCCCGGACCAAGGCGCGCUCCCGGACCAAGGCGCGCUCCCGGACCAAGGCGCGCUCUCGGACCAAGGCGCGCUCCCGGACCAAGGCGCGCUCCCGGACCAAGGCGCGCUCCCGGACCAAGGCGCGCUCUCGGACCAAGGCGCGCUCCCGGACCAAGGCGCGCUCUCGGACCAAGGCGCGCUCUCGGACCAAGGCGCGCUCUCGGACCAAGGCGCGCUCUCGGACCAAGGCGCGCUCUCGGACCAAGGCGCGCUCUCGGACCAAGGCGCGCUCUCGGACCAAGGCGCGCUCUCGGACCAAGGCGCGCUCUCGGACCAAGGCGCGCUCUCGGACCAAGGCGCGCUCUCGGACCAAGGCGCGCUCUCGGACCAAGGCGCGCUCUCGGACCAAGGCGCGCUCUCGGACCAAGGCGCGCUCUCGGACCAAGGCGCGCUCCCGGACCAAGGCGCGCUCCCGGACCAAGGCGCGCUCCCGGACCAAGGCGCGCUCCCGGACCAAGGCGCGCUCCCGGACCAAGGCGCGCUCCCGGACCAAGGCGCGCUCUCGGACCAAGGCGCGCUCUCGGACCAAGGCGCGCUCUCGGACCAAGGCGCGCUCUCGGACCAAGGCGCGCUCUCGGACCAAGGCGCGCUCUCGGACCAAGGCGCGCUCUCGGACCAAGGCGCGCUCCCGGACCAAGGCGCGCUCCCGGACCAAGGCGCGCUCCCGGACCAAGGCGCGCUCUCGGACCAAGGCGCGCUCUCGGACCAAGGCGCGCUCUCGGACCAAGGCGCGCUCUCGGACCAAGGCGCGCUCUCGGACCAAGGCGCGCUCUCGGACCAAGGCGCGCUCUCGGACCAAGGCGCGCUCCCGGACCAAGGCGCGCUCCCGGACCAAGGCGCGCUCCCGGACCAAGGCGCGCUCCCGGACCAAGGCGCGCUCCCGGACCAAGGCGCGCACUCGGACCAAGGCGCGCUCUCGGACCAAGGCGCGCUCUCGGACCAAGGCGCGCUCUCGGACCAAGGCGCGCUCUCGGACCAAGGCGCGCUCUCGGACCAAGGCGCGCUCUCGGACCAAGGCACGCCCUCGGACCAAGGCGCGCCCUCGGACCAAGGCGCGCCCUCGGACCAAGGCGCGCCCUCGGACCAAGGCGCGCUCUCGGACCAAGGCGCGCUCUCGGACCAAGGCGCGCUCUCGGACCAAGGCGCGCUCUCGGACCAAGGCGCGCUCUCGGACCAAGGCGCGCUCUCGGACCAAGGCGCGCUCUCGGACCAAGGCGCGCUCCCGGACCAAGGCGCGCUCCCGGACCAAGGCGCGCUCCCGGACCAAGGCGCGCUCCCGGACCAAGGCGCGCUCCCGGACCAAGGCGCGCUCCCGGACCAAGGCGCGCUCUCGGACCAAGGCGCGCUCUCGGACCAAGGCGCGCUCUCGGACCAAGGCGCGCUCCCGGACCAAGGCGCGCUCUCGGACCAAGGCGCGCUCUCGGACCAAGGCGCGCUCUCGGACCAAGGCGCGCUCUCGGACCAAGGCGCGCUCUCGGACACAGGCGCGCUCUCGGACACAGGCGCGCUCUCGGACCAAGGCGCGCUCUCGGACACAGGCGCGCUCUCGGACACAGGCGCGCUCUCGGACACAGGCGCGCUCUCGGACACAGGCGCGCUCUCGGACACAGGCGCGCUCUCGGACACAGGCGCGCUCUCGGACCAAGGCGCGCUCUCGGACCAAGGCGCGCUCUCGGACCAAGGCGCGCUCUCGGACCAAGGCGCGCUCUCGGACCAAGGCGCGCUCUCGGACCAAGGCGCGCUCUCGGACCAAGGCGCGCUCUCGGACCAAGGCGCGCUCUCGGACCAAGGCGCGCUCUCGGACCAAGGCGCGCUCUCGGACACAAGCGCGCUCUCGGACACAGGCGCGCUCUCGGACCAAGGCGCGCUCUCGGACACAGGCGCGCUCUCGGACACAGGCGCGCUCUCGGACACAGGCGCGCUCUCGGACCAAGGCGCGCUCUCGGACCAAGGCGCGCUCUCGGACCAAGGCGCGCUCUCGGACCAAGGCGCGCUCUCGGACCAAGGCGCGCUCUCGGACCAAGGCGCGCUCUCGGACCAAGGCGCGCUCUCGGACCAAGGCGCGCUCUCGGACCAAGGCGCGCUCUCGGACCAAGGCGCGCUCUCGGACCAAGGCGCGCUCUCGGACCAAGGCGCGCUCUCGGACCAAGGCGCGCUCUCGGACCAAGGCGCGCUCUCGGACCAAGGCGCGCUCUCGGACCAAGGCGCGCUCUCGGACCAAGGCGCGCUCCCGGACCAAGGCGCGCUCCCGGACCAAGGCGCGCUCCCGGACCAAGGCGCGCUCCCGGACCAAGGCGCGCUCCCGGACCAAGGCGCGCUCCCGGACCAAGGCGCGCUCCCGGACCAAGGCGCGCUCCCGGACCAAGGCGCGCUCCCGGACCAAGGCGCGCUCUCGGACCAAGGCGCGCUCUCGGACCAAGGCGCGCUCUCGGACCAAGGCGCGCUCUCGGACCAAGGCGCGCUCUCGGACCAAGGCGCGCUCUCGGACCAAGGCGCGCUCUCGGACCAAGGCGCGCUCUCGGACCAAGGCGCGCUCUCGGACCAAGGCGCGCUCUCGGACCAAGGCGCGCUCUCGGACCAAGGCGCGCUCUCGGACCAAGGCGCGCUCUCGGACCAAGGCGCGCUCUCGGACCAAGGCGCGCUCUCGGACCAAGGCGCGCUCUCGGACCAAGGCGCGCUCUCGGACCAAGGCGCGCUCUCGGACCAAGGCGCGCUCUCGGACCAAGGCGCGCUCCCGGACCAAGGCGCGCUCCCGGACCAAGGCGCGCUCCCGGACCAAGGCGCGCUCCCGGACCAAGGCGCGCUCCCGGACCAAGGCGCGCUCCCGGACCAAGGCGCGCUCCCGGACCAAGGCGCGCUCUCGGACCAAGGCGCGCUCUCGGACCAAGGCGCGCUCUCGGACCAAGGCGCGCUCUCGGACCAAGGCGCGCUCUCGGACCAAGGCGCGCUCUCGGACCAAGGCGCGCUCUCGGACCAAGGCGCGCUCUCGGACCAAGGCGCGCUCUCGGACCAAGGCGCGCUCUCGGACCAAGGCGCGCUCUCGGACCAAGGCGCGCUCUCGGACCAAGGCGCGCUCUCGGACCAAGGCGCGCUCUCGGACCAAGGCGCGCUCUCGGACCAAGGCGCGCUCUCGGACCAAGGCGCGCUCUCGGACCAAGGCGCGCUCUCGGACCAAGGCGCGCUCUCGGACCAAGGCGCGCUCUCGGACCAAGGCGCGCUCCCGGACCAAGGCGCGCUCCCGGACCAAGGCGCGCUCCCGGACCAAGGCGCGCUCCCGGACCAAGGCGCGCUCCCGGACCAAGGCGCGCUCUCGGACCAAGGCGCGCUCUCGGACCAAGGCGCGCUCUCGGACCAAGGCGCGCUCUCGGACCAAGGCGCGCUCUCGGACCAAGGCGCGCUCUCGGACCAAGGCGCGCUCUCGGACCAAGGCGCGCUCUCGGACCAAGGCGCGCUCUCGGACCAAGGCGCGCUCUCGGACCAAGGCGCGCUCUCGGACCAAGGCGCGCUCUCGGACCAAGGCGCGCUCUCGGACCAAGGCGCGCUCUCGGACCAAGGCGCGCUCUCGGACCAAGGCGCGCUCUCGGACCAAGGCGCGCUCUCGGACCAAGGCGCGCUCUCGGACCAAGGCGCGCUCUCGGACCAAGGCGCGCUCUCGGACCAAGGCGCGCUCUCGGACCAAGGCGCGCUCCCGGACCAAGGCGCGCUCCCGGACCAAGGCGCGCUCCCGGACCAAGGCGCGCUCCCGGACCAAGGCGCGCUCCCGGACCAAGGCGCGCUCCCGGAUCAAGGCGCGCUCCCGGACCAAGGCGCGCUCCCGGACCAAGGCGCGCUCCCGGACCAAGGCGCGCUCUCGGACCAAGGCGCGCUCUCGGACCAAGGCGCGCUCUCGGACCAAGGCGCGCUCUCGGACCAAGGCGCGCUCUCGGACCAAGGCGCGCUCUCGGACCAAGGCGCGCUCUCGGACCAAGGCGCGCUCUCGGACCAAGGCGCGCUCUCGGACCAAGGCGCGCUCUCGGACCAAGGCGCGCUCUCGGACCAAGGCGCGCUCUCGGACCAAGGCGCGCUCUCGGACCAAGGCGCGCUCUCGGACCAAGGCGCGCUCUCGGACCAAGGCGCGCUCUCGGACCAAGGCGCGCUCUCGGACCAAGGCGCGCUCUCGGACCAAGGCGCGCUCUCGGACCAAGGCGCGCUCCCGGACCAAGGCGCGCUCCCGGACCAAGGCGCGCUCCCGGACCAAGGCGCGCUCCCGGACCAAGGCGCGCUCCCGGACCAAGGCGCGCUCCCGGACCAA